AUGGCCAAUUCCUCGGUCUCUGACGACACGACUGUCAGAGCCUCGUUUCCCCCACCAUUGGACCAGUGGGGGAUAUGGUCCCCACCAGCUCAGCAAUCAGCAUCAUUCUUUGGGCACACACUGAAAGUGAGCUGCAUACAUGGCACUAGUCAUAAGUGCAAUUAACAUGGUGGAUGUGGCAAGCGCUCCUGCUUGUCAUUGAGGGACACCAUCACUCCUAAGCCACAUAGAUGAUAUCUUUGCUGCCGUCUGGCAGAAACUGUGCGCGAAGAUGAAUGCACUAGUGUCAAAAACUACUCACACACCUCCCAGUCCAUCCCGCCAUCAUGGCUGUGGACAGGCAGCUCCAGGAACUCUAGCAGUGCAUCUGAGACAGUGAGGGCCGCACAGCAGCAAGCUUGGACUGUGGAGCCACUAAAGCUGGAAGAGUGGUGGUUGGGGAACCGACUGCAGCCACUGAUCUGCUUACCUGUGUUUCUGGUGCCAAGCCUGAGAACCAGCACACACCUGGGGGACUGUGUCCUGCCCAUGCAUUGUGAUGUCAGUUUGCUCAAUUUAUAA